AUGUUUUCCAAAAAACGUAAAGUUGACAAUGAAAACAGAAAGUUUCUGGCUGAGUGGACCGAACAAUAUUGUUUUACACUUCCAGUAAGAGCUGGAGCCGUUCCAGUUUGUCUUAUAUGUAACAGUACAGUUGCUGUCGUUAAAUGUGCUAAUUUAAAGCGUCAUUAUGAUACAAUGCAUAAAGAUUUUGAAAAAAAAUUUCCUCUUAACAGUGCAGCGCGUAAAAAUAAGCUCCAAGCGUAUCUCUUGUCUUAUAAAAAUAGUACGACUAUGUUAGUACAAAGUAUGACUGGGCAAGAAAAGUCAGUAGAAGCAGCAUUGCGUGUUUGCUGGACGUUAAAUAAACACCAAAAACCAUUUACAGACUCAGAAAUUGUAAAAGAGUGUAUGUUGGAAGUAGCCACUGCACUUUUUGAAGAAAAAAAGGACAUAAUUAAUGCUAUUCAAAGUAUUCCUCUAUCAGCAAGAAGCAAUACAAGAAGAACAGAACUAUUGGCCGAUGACAACAAAAAUAAUUUAAUUCACAUUUUACAGAUGGCUCCUUGCUACGCUAUUGCAAUUGAUGAGUCAUGUGAUAUUGUUGAUUCUGAGCAAAUUUCAAUUUUUGUGCGCUUUUUAGACGUUGAAAGUAGAGUAUUUAGAGACGAGUUGCUAGCAUUAUUGCCAUUGAAAUGCAAGACUCGUGGGGAAGAUUUGUUUAAAACUUUUGACGACUUCAUGACUAAAUCAAAUAUUAGUUAUGAUAAAAUUGUGUCUGUUUCAACUGAUGGCGCACCGGCAAUGAUUGGUAAAGAAAAGGGAUUUGUUAAGAGAAUCAAGGAUAAGAAUGCUGAAAUACUUUCAUAUCAAUGUAUAAUUCAUCAAACAUCCCUGUGUGGCAAACUUAGUACAACACUGAAGGAAGUAAUGGACAUAAUGAUCAAGUUGAUUAAUUUUUUGAGGUCCCGAUCUGCUCUUCAGCACAGGCAGUUUAAAGAUUUUUUAUUUGAAUGUGAUUCAGUGUAUUCGGAUUUACUUCAAUAUAACAAUGUCCGUUGGUUAAGUAAAGGCAAAGUGAUCGAACGUUUUUGGAGUAUAAAAGAAGAAGUUAUCACGUUCUUGGUAAACUUGGAUUCAGUAGAAUCAAAGCAGUAUCAUAAAUUCUUAACAAAUGAGAGCAAUAUGCUAUCUGUGGCGUUUUUAAAAGACAUUCUUGGAUAUUUAAAUGUACUUAAUACUGAGUUACAAGGGCAAAAAAAGUUAAUUUGUGAUCUGAUAUCAAGUGUAUCUGCUUUCCGACGAAAACUUGAAAUCUUUGAAGAAGAUAUAAAAAAUCAAGAUUUUAUUCAUUUUCCAACAAUCCUAGAAUAUAAAAAGACUCCCGACAUAGACUGCAAAAUUGGAAAACUGUCUCAAUUUUUAAAAAAUCCGUUUGAAGUUUCUCCGACUGGAGAAUGGAUUGACGUUGCUACAAAAUUAUUUAAACUUCCAAAAUCUUCACUUCAAAUUGAAAUUAUUGAUUUGCAAGAAGAUAUCUCAUUGCAAAUGUAUAAAACUUCGUCCACUGAAGAUUUUUGGAUAAAGCAUGUCUUGGAUAAAUACAUGAACUGUAAAACCCUUGCCAUAAAAUUAGCUACUAUGUUUGGCUCCACUUAUGUAUGUGAAACUUCGUUUUCAAAAAUGACGUUUUUAAAAAACCGAUACCGUUCAAGAUUAACAGAUCACCACCUUGAAAACACUUUACGCAUCAGUUGUUCUCCAAGAGUACCAGAUUUUAAAAAACUAGCUCAAGAAAAGAAAUGUCAUUUUUCUCAUUAA